UAAAAACAUGGCGAGUAGCAUAAUGACUGGCUCAUUCACUCACUUCAAAUCUUUGCCAACACUAGUAGACUAAUAACUUUGCCGUGCUUAGCUUGUGACAGACAUUUUUGAAUAUUAUUUUUAAACAAUUGUUUCUGCUUCAAUAUGAUACCCAGAGGCAGUAUGACAAAGGACGGCAAGCCGUUACCAUACCGACACGCGGGGCCGCGGAACAGCCGUCACAACAAGCACAAGAAGCCCAAGAAGCAAGUGUCUGAAGACGAGGAGAGCGAAGAAUCCCCCGUGGAGGAUCAGCCCCAGGAAGAACAGCAACGCAGCCCGUCACCCAUGCAAGAAGAACCCACUGUGCGGUUACCUGAAGAGGUACUGAAAGCCCUGUAUAAGACACCGGGCGUGCUGAUGAUCGCCGGUCUGGUGUCGUGGGACCUCGUCGCGCGCCGGGACAACAACCCAACAAAGAGAACGCAUCCCAAUCUUUACACCUUCCACAAAUUUACUGACCGCAAGUACCGGUUCAUUGCCAGUAGCUGUUCUGCUGGCCACUCGGUGCUGGUGGAUGAACAUGGAGAGGUUUACACUUUUGGUCGCAAUACUUGCGGUCAGCUUGGGUUUGGAGACACUGUGACACGUAACGUACCUGAGCCGGUCCCCGCCCUGCGCGGGAAGAACAUCAUCCACGCUGCCGUUGGACGACACCACACGCUUUUCGUUACAGACACGGGUACUGUGUACGCUUGCGGUGACAACAAAUGCGGCCAGUGCGGCAUCGGGAACACUACGCCGCAAGUGUUGAAACCUACACGAGUGCGCUACAGUGGUGCUCCAGUUGUGAAGGUGGGCUGUGGAGCUGAGUUCUCCAUGAUUCUGGACUGUAACGGAGCCUUGCACUCCUUUGGACUGCCUGAGUAUGGCCAGCUUGGUCACAACACCGACGGCAAAUACUUCGUGACCUCAACGAAGCUGUCGUUCCACUUCGAGACGGUUCCGAAGCACGUGGCCCACUUCUUCGAGAAGACUAAGGAAGGUCACAUCAACAUCGUCAAGGAUGUAGAGAUCGUCGACUUCUCCUGCGGAAACAAUCACACUGUGGCAAUAGACUCGAGGAAGCGUGCCUACAGCUGGGGUUUCGGCGGGUUUGGACGACUGGGUCACGCCGAGCAGAAAGACGAAAGUGUCCCGCGUAUGAUCAAAUACUUUGAUUCGCAGUCGCGCGGCGUACGUUCUGUGCACUGCGGCGGCACCUACAGUCUCGCUGUUAAUGAACAUGGCGGACUUUUCCUGUUCGGGCAGACUAAGCGUACUGGCGAAGCGAACAUGUACCCAAAACCAGUUCAGGACCUCAGUGGUUGGAAUAUCCGCAGUGUUGGCACCAGCAAUACUUCGAUCGUGAUCGCAGCGGACGAUUCGCUCGUUGCCUGGGGCGUGUCACCCACCUAUGGGGAACUGGGCACAGGCGACAUCAAUAAGUCGUCGGCGCGCCCCAAGGAGGUGACCCGCAUGGAAGGGCUGAACAUCACUCAAGUCACUAUGGGGUACUCACACACUCUGCUCCUCUGUGAUGACGCUGGCGAGGAGGUCAAGGCCAAGCUAGCCUCCAUGCCUACCUUCAAUCCCUAACUGCCUCAACUUCACAAACACAGAACAAACCCCACUAAGGGACGACAUUUAAUGUAAUUAUCUAACUGUCCACAAGCUAUGAACAAUUUUCUAUAAUAAUUAUCAUUGAUAAGCAUUUAAAUUUCAAGUAUUGUUACCUAAGCAUGCCUUUCCUGUAUUAAAAUUAGAAAUAAUGUCGCCUCUUAGUCUUUACGGGCUGUUUUUGUUGAGAUUGGGACACAUUCUCUGAUUUCUAAAACCCGGUAAACAUAAUUAUGGAACCUGUCUUUCCCAUUCUCAACAAACAUGCUACCCACACGUUACAAUAGCCGGCCUAUUGAAAUUUGAUCGUAAUUUAUAGUUUCCAAGUCGAUUAUAAUUGUUGUCCAGUAGGUAUCAUAAUUUCUAACUAGUAAGAUUUGUAUGUUUUAUAAUUUUGUAAUGGUGUUAGUUGCAAUUCAAUUUGAACUUUGAAUUUAUCUAUAAUGAACGAUUUCCUGACAUGUUACUUAGAAUCCAAGUAAGAUGUUGUCAAAAUUUUCCCUCUUUUAGAUAAUUGACUGCAUAUGUUAUAGUUGAAAUGUUUAAAUUGUACACUAGUUAACGUCUGUUUUCCGAUGGUCGAACGAUCUGCUUUGAUUGCUGACAAAAUUAAAAUUAGUUUUAUAGAUAAACUACAACAGUUUUUGGGAAAUUAUUGGUACUUGACAGCAUUUGAGAAAUUCAUUGCUCUUUUCGAAAAGACAAAAUUUUAAAUUUGCCAAGUGUUUCGUAUAGGACUGUGUGUUGUGACAUCAUGUUGUUUAACGUGACAAAUCAUAUUUUUUUCUUGGAAAUUAGGUAAAACAAGAAUACUAAGUAAAUCGGAAAAUCAAUCAGUGAUAGUUUGAUUAUUUUAAAACAAUCAAUGUAUUAAAUUUGAGUGUAUUGCAAAAAUUUAAUAUGUUUUGACUGAGUACUCAAUUGAUACGACAGCUCAUUGCAUUGAUUGUACAGGAAUUUAUAAAGAUCUUUUUGAGAAUUUAGACUUUUAGAGUCCCCAAGCCCAGU